AUGGCGGGCCAAAGUUCCCACGAAGAAGGAGGCCCUGCGCCCGCGCGGAGAGCCAGAGCGCCUACCAUCACCAUUGAUACCACGGCAGUGGGCCCGAGCCCGGCUCCUGAGCCGGAUGCCGAAGGUGCUUCACAAGCCGUUUCUAACUCGCCCAUAUCAAUGACAAGCCCGACUGAUCCGACUGCGAGCUCGCACAAGCGUAGCCUUUCGCAGUCGCGCCCUGAGGCCCAAACUCUAAGGACCUCAGAGAGCAGGGACAGCCGGCCAACCAGCCCUCACAAUGUGUCCAGCCCAUUUACGUUCCGGGGAAACGGCCCUAGCCAAGGCUUUCUGUCCGUCCCCAAUACCCGAACCCGCCAGGAUUCGCUGAACUCCGUUGACGACGCGCGAUCUAUUACCUCUUCUCAGGGGGACACGGUUGUCGCUGGCUCGUCUACCGGCGAGAAAAUGAGCCCUUCUUUUGGGGACACCUCCGAAUGUGAGCAAAUUAUGAACGACGAGAACGCGCUCAAACCAGACCUCGGAAAGGAAGAUGACUUCAAGGUUGAAAAUAACCCGUUUGCCUUCAGCCCCGGCAUGCUCAACAAGAUGUUCGACCCAAAAAGCUUGGCCGCCUUUUACAAACUGGGAGGACUUGCGGGGAUUGAGAAGGGGUUGCGCACUAACCGAACGACGGGCCUAAGUCUCGACGAGACCUCGCUUGCUGGAUCGGUUUCCUUCGAAGAGGUUACCUCCCGUGGCUCUGACAAGGCUUUGACCGAAGGCGCCGGCAAACCGCUCGCGAGAAGCGACACGCAGGACACAAGCUCGAAUCGGCAUGAUCCUUCAACAGCCCCCUUCUCGUCAAGGAAGCGCGUCUUUCGAGACAACCGACUUCCAGAGAAGAAGGGGAAAAGCCUUCUACAACUCAUGUGGAUCACUUACAACGACAAGGUUCUGAUCCUGCUGUCCGUCGCCGCGCUCAUUUCGCUCGCUGUUGGCCUGUAUCAGACUUUUGGUGUCGAGGAGCACGAUGCCACGAACCCGGGCGUCGAGUGGAUUGAAGGCGUCGCCAUUAUCGCAGCCAUUGUCAUUGUGGUUCUGGCCGGUUCUCUCAACGACUAUCAGAAGGAGCGUCAGUUUGCCAAGCUGAACAGGAAGAAGCAAGACCGUGUGGUCAGGGUGAUUCGAUCGGGAAAGACAAUCGAGCUUUCCGUUUUCGAUAUCCUGGUCGGUGAUGUCGUGCACCUUGAACCUGGCGACUUGAUCCCGGUUGACGGCAUCCUCAUAGAAGGCUUCAAUGUAAAAUGUGAUGAGUCACAGGCAACCGGAGAAUCCGAUAUCAUUCGAAAACGCCCUGCCGACGAAGUCUUCGCUGCCAUUGAGAACCGUGAGAGUCUCAAGAAGAUGGAUCCCUUCAUUCAGUCCGGCGCACGUGUGAUGGAGGGCGUGGGAACUUUCAUGGUCACCUCCACAGGCGUGUAUUCGAGCUACGGCAAGACCAUGAUGUCGCUCAACGAGGAUCCCGAAAUUACCCCUCUGCAAUCCAAGCUGAACGUCAUCGCCGAAUACAUCGCCAAAAUUGGUGGCGCCGUCGCUCUACUUCUGUUCCUUGUCCUGUUCAUCAUCUUCCUUGUUCGACUCCCGAGACAGUACGUCAACCUCGAACCAGCCGAAAAGGGGCAGCGUUUCAUCGAAAUCUUCAUCGUUGUUGUGACCAUCGUGGUUGUCGCGAUCCCGGAGGGUCUCCCGCUUGCUGUCACUCUGGCUCUCGCUUUCGCCACUACUCGGAUGAUCAAGGACAACAAUUUGGUCCGUCACCUCAAGGCCUGUGAAGUGAUGGGGAAUGCAACUACGAUUUGUUCAGACAAGACGGGCACUUUAACCCAAAAUAAAAUGCAGGUUGUGGCGGGAACCAUUGGCACGAGCCAUCGGUUCGGCACCACGACACCCCCGGACGCGCAAGGGCAUACGGAAAAGGAAGUCGGAAUUGCCGAAGUCGUCAAGUCUCUCAGUCCCGAGGUUAAGGAGUUGGUGCUGAAGUCCAUCUCGCUCAACUCGACCGCAUUCGAAGGCGAUGGUAGUGGAGACCAGGUUUUUAUCGGUUCCAAGACGGAGACUGCCUUGCUCAUUCUCGCCAGGGAACAUUUGGCGAUGGGGCCUAUCGCUGAAGAACGAGCCAACGCCAAAACCCUGCACUUGAUCCCCUUUGAUUCGGGGCGUAAGUGCAUGGGUGUGGUCGUCCAACUGGACAAUGGCAAAGCAAGGUUGUACGUCAAGGGCGCCUCCGAGAUAAUGCUAGACAAGUGCACCCAGAUUCUGCGCGACCCCUCCAGCGGGCUAGCGUCUGCGACUUUGAAUGAGGACAACCGCGAGACCAUUAAGAAGCUGAUCGAAACCUACGCGCGAAACUCGCUACGGACUAUCGGCCUCAUCUAUCGGGACUUUGAUCGGUGGCCGCCCAAGCCUUCCCGCCGCGCUGGUACCGAGAAGGAUGAGAUUGUCUUUGAGGACAUCUGCCGAAAUAUGACCUUCAUCGCUAUGGUUGGUAUCAAGGAUCCCCUUCGCCCGGGUGUUCCUGAGGCCGUCAGGAGCUGUCAAAAAGCCGGUGUUGUGGUUCGCAUGGUUACCGGCGAUAACAAACUGACCGCCGAGGCGAUUGCCCGGGACUGUGGUAUUCUGCAACCCAACAGCGUUGUGCUCGAGGGCCCAGUGUUCAGGAACAUGACCAAGGCCGAGCAGGAGGAAAUUAUCCCGCGACUGCAUGUUCUGGCACGGUCCAGCCCUGAGGACAAGCGCAUCCUGGUAAAGCGUCUCAAGGACAAGGGCGAAACGGUUGCCGUUACUGGCGACGGUACCAACGAUGCUCCGGCCCUGAAGAUGGCCGACAUUGGCUUCUCAAUGGGCAUUGCAGGGACCGAAGUUGCGAAAGAAGCCUCGGCCAUUAUCCUCAUGGACGACAACUUUAACUCGAUCGUCAAGGCACUGAAAUGGGGCCGCGCCGUCAACGACGCGGUCAAGCGCUUCCUUCAGUUCCAGCUCACCGUUAACGUCACAGCCGUGGUCCUGACGUUCGUAUCGGCCGUGCAGAGCGAAGAUCAGACGGCUGUCCUGACUGCUGUCCAGCUCCUGUGGGUCAAUCUCAUCAUGGACACGCUGGCCGCACUUGCCCUGGCGACAGAUCCCCCGCAAGAUAGCGUGCUGGAUCGCAAGCCUGAGCGCAAGGGCUCUUCUAUCAUCUCGGUAACCAUGUGGAAGAUGAUCCUCGGGCAAGCGGUAUAUCAGCUGUUGAUUACGUUCCUGAUCUACUUUGGCGGCGUCUACGUCCUUCCGGGACCCGAUAGCAUAACAACAGGGCAGAUCCAUACGUUGGUUUUCAACACAUUUGUGUGGAUGCAGAUUUUCAACCAGUGGAACAACCGACGACUGGAUAACAAAUUCAACAUAUUCGAGGGCAUGUUGAAGAACCCCUACUUCAUCGGCAUCAGUGCCAUCAUGUGCGGCGGUCAGGUUCUCAUUGUCAUGGUCGGUGGCACGGCGUUCCGCAUCCCGCCUGAGGGCCAGACGCCGGAGAUGUGGGGUAUCGCUAUUGUUCUAGGUGCCAUAUCCAUUCCUGUUGGAGUUAUCAUUCGCCUGAUUCCCGACGAACUGCUGCUGGCGCUUAUUCCUGAAUCCCUCAAACGGAGGAACUCUAAAGUUCCUGGUCUUACCAUCUCCGACGACGAGGAGCAGAUUUCGUAUCCAGCAGCCCUUGCCGAAGUUCGGGACGAGUUGGCUUGGCUCAAGCGCGUCAAGGGCGGUCGCCUUAAUAACCUCAAGUUUGCCAUGCAACACCCUCGGGAGACCUUCCUGCCGAAGAAGAGCCCUGUACCCAGCAGGCAGCAUUCACGGUCGGGUUCAAUCCACGUUCCGCAGACGCCCACUCGGGAGGACAGUUAUGGCUCGGUUGCGCCCACUCCCGAUUCACGGCGGCGGAGCAGGAGCACGCGGUCGCGAUCGAACAGCGCUCUCGGCGCCGCCACGGUCAUGACGGGAAUUGUGGCAGGCAGCAUCGGCGCCGGAUGGUCCCCGAUUGAGCGACGAGGUGACUCGGAUUUCAACGCGUUCCCCAGGCCGUCCAUGUCUCGGGAGCAUUCGCGGAACGAUGGCCAGGCCUCUGCAAGCCAAUCAGUCCUCGGCGGGCAAGUUCUGUCAGACGAGCCCAUGGAGAUGGGCGAGGAUGUACGCCCCAACACUCAAGAUGUUCCGAUUCUCAGCGUUCCCAAGCCGCCAAAGUCGCCUUCUACCCCUACCCCCUGA